UGGCCUGAGGUGACCUCUAAAAAUGGUUCGCUAUUCACUUGACCCAGAAAAUCCCACAAAAUCAUGCAAGUCGAGAGGUUCAAAUCUUCGUGUUCACUUUAAGAGCACUCGUGAAACAGCCCAGGCCAUUAAGGGUAUGCAUAUCCGAAAAGCCACCAAGUAUCUGAAGGAUGUCACUUUAAAGAAGCAAUGCGUGCCGUUCCGUCAUUACAAUGGUGGAGGUGGUAGGUGUGCCCAGGCCAGACAGUGGGGCUGCACGCAGGGUCGGUGGCCCAGAAAGAGUGCUGAAUUUUUACUGCACAUGCUCAAAAAUGCAGAGAGUAAUGCUGAACUUAAGGGCUUAGAUGUAGAUUCUCUGGUCAUUGAGCACAUCCAGGUGAACAAAGCCCCCAAGAUGUGGCACAGGACUUAUAGAGCUCAUGGUCGGAUCAACCCAUACAUGAGCUCUCCGUGCCACAUUGAGAUGAUCCUUACUGAAAAAGAACAGAUUGUUCCUAAACCAGAAGAGGAGGUUGCCCAGAAGAAAAAGAUAUCCCAGAAGAAAUUGAACAAACAAAAACUUAUGGCCCGGGAAUAAAUGCUGCAAAAAAUAAAUGCAAA